CACUGUAUUUGUUGUCAAAAUUUAAGCGCCAUCUUUGUUCUCUUUUAACGUGACGUUUGAGUGAGAUUGUUCUCCGGUUCAGCGCUGAGCAAUUUUUACGGAAAAGUUGUUUAACUCGACCGGAAAAUCAAUACAAAAUGGCAGCCGCUGUAGUGUCAGGCAAGGACAUCGAGAAGCCCCAGGCGGAGAUCUCUCCCGUCCACAGAAUUCGCAUCACGCUGACUUCCCGUAACGUGAGGUCGCUUGAGAAAGUAUGCUCGGACCUCAUCAACGGUGCUAAGAAGCAGAAGCUGCGUGUUAAGGGACCAGUGCGCAUGCCGACCAAGAUCCUCCGCAUCACAACGCGCAAAACUCCCUGUGGUGAAGGUUCCAAGACCUGGGAUAGGUUCCAAAUGAGGAUCCACAAGAGAGUCAUAGAUCUCCACUCGCCAUCGGAGAUCGUUAAACAAAUCACGUCUAUUAACAUCGAGCCUGGUGUUGAAGUUGAGGUUACUAUCGCCGACGCGUAGGCACAGCUGCCAAUAAAUAUUUACAGAUA